AAAGCGAAUGAUGUGUCGUAAUAGUCAGUAAGAGGUUUGGAAGGUGUGAAGAUGAACUGGACUGUCUUCGUUGUUUUGACAGAUAGCUUUAUAGUAAUAUUGUGAUACGCAUGUAUUGAAGUCUCUUUUGUAGUAAGAAGACACUUAAAAUCGCUUCCAUCAUUUAUUUUAUUGUCAAGUGCUCCCUUAAUCAAAUUUGUUUUACUUUACGACAUAAAACUAAUGGUGGGACGGAUUCGCAAGCAACGAGUUGAUCGGUUUCAAGCUGGGAUGGCUAAGCGAUGAACCGCUCAUUGUGAAAGAAGAAAUCGGCUGCCAAAGACAUUACAUUUGAACUUGUAAGCCAGGUAUACCAGCAAACGGAAACACAAUGACUUUGGCCCCGAAGGAGCUCUCCAAUUUAUUGGGAAUCAUCUCCGAAGAAGCCUGCACCAACACAUUCGAAAGUCUGUCCAACGCCUUCCACCACUUCUUCGGGAAAGCGGAGCACUUUCGGGUGGGCUCCGUGUUGGUGAUGCUGCUGCAGCAGCCCGACCUCCUGCCCAGCUCCCCGCAGCGCCUCACGGCCCUUUACCUCCUGUGGGAAAUGUACCGCACCGAGCCGCUGGCGGCCAACCCCUUCGCCGCGGUCUUUGCUCACCUUUUAAACCCAUCACCUGUCGGAGAGGAGCAGGAGAAGCCGCUCUGUGGAUUCCUCCCACCCAUCACCCUGCCAGAGAAGUACUUCCUCUCUCAGCUGAUGCUGGCGCCACCCAAAGAAUUGUUCAAGAAGACACCUCGACAGGUGUCCUGCAUGGAUGUGGGCAGCUCGCCCCAGUCCAUAGAUAUCAGUGGGCUUCAGCUGGCCCUGGCAGAGCGUCAGUCUGAGCUGCCCACACAGAGCAAGGCCAGCUUCCCUAGCGUCUUGAAUGACCCUGACCCAGACUCCUCCAAUUCCGGGUUUGACAGCUCUGUGGCCAAUCAGAUUACGGAGGCCCUGGUCACGGGUCCACGCCCACCUUUGGAAAGCCACUUCCGGCCAGAGUUCAUCCGUCCGCCACCCCCGCUGCACGUCUGUGAGGAUGAGCUGGUGUGGUUGAGCCCAUCAGAGCCGGACCACAGCGUGCAGUGGGAUCGCUCCAUGUGCGUGAGGAACAGCACCGGCGUGGAGGUCAAGCGCAUCAUGUCAAAGGCCUUUAAGAGCCCACUGUCUGCGCAGCAGCAGUCUCAGCUUCUGGGUGAGCUAGAGAAGGACCCUAAACUGGUGUAUCACAUUGGGCUGUCACCAGCCAAGCUGCCCGACUUGGUGGAGAAUAACCCUCUGGUUGCCAUAGAAAUGCUGCUGAAGCUGAUGCAGUCCAGUCAGAUCACAGAGUACUUUUCAGUGCUGGUCAACAUGGACAUGUCCCUGCAUUCCAUGGAGGUGGUCAACAGGUUGACAACAGCAGUUGACCUUCCGCCAGAGUUCAUUCACUUGUACAUUUCCAACUGUAUCUCUACCUGCGAGCAGAUCAAAGACAAAUACAUGCAGAAUCGCCUCGUCAGGCUGGUGUGCGUCUUCCUUCAGUCGCUGAUCCGAAACAAGAUCAUCAACGUGCAGGACCUGUUCAUCGAGGUGCAGGCCUUCUGCAUAGAGUUCAGCCGCAUCCGGGAGGCCGCCGGCCUUUUCCGCCUACUUAAGACACUGGAUACGGGCGAGAAUCCCACAGAGCCCAAAUCCGCCAAGUAACUUCACCUCAGUUGAAUGAUUUUGUACCCAGUGGGGUACCGGACCUGCCCCCACCCCCAAAUUAUUCUCCAUUUUUUCCUGUUUACUGGAGUAAUCAGCUCGUUUAGGAUUACUUCGGUUAUGCAUUGUUUUGUUGAUUAAAAUUUUACAAAGCCUGCAUGGAGUUUUCUUCA